AAAAUUUUUAAUAACUAAAAAAUAAAGUAAUUGUUAGUAUACAGUGCAGAUAUAACCAACAAAAUGGAUAAGAGGCGAUUGAGGGAGGAUCUAGGUACAGAUCCCAAAGAACGACUCAAAUUACUCGCAGAGCAAGCCUCUUCAGUGAGUGUAGAUCCUCAUAUGCCUGUUCACAGGUAUUAUCGCUCUGGAGUAGAAAUAGUUAGAUAUGCCGACAUGUGCAUGAAAGAUCAAAACUAUGAGUGUGCCUAUACUCUGUAUAUGAAAUUCAUAACACUUUUUGUGGAUAAAAUUACAAAACAUCCACAAUAUAACAGUGUAUCAGCUAAAGAUAAAGACACGAAUAGAUAUACUUUGCGAAUUGUUUUUUCCAAAGCAGAAGAGUUGAAGAAACAGUUAUUGCAGCAAUAUCAGGCAGAUCUAGACAAAUAUUUAGAGGAUUUAAAGGAGAAAGAAAGGAUUGAAAAAGAAAGAUUAAAACAAGAGGAACUUCAGAAACAAAAAGAAGAAGAAGAGAGGAAAAAUAAGGUAGCUACUAUAGCUGCUAUUAAGGCACUAAAAGCUACUAUCGGCUCAAAUAUGGUAUUACCAGAAGAAUCAAAGACUAAGUUAUUGCCUGUUGUACCUCCUGUCAAGCCUGUGAUAAGUCCCUCAAGUGAUAAUGACAAAACAUGUACUUACAAAGAUACAAAAAUACCAACAAUAGAUCGUUCGACCAAACCCUCUUUAUUGAUGAGUGAUGGUUCAUCCUUACGCGAUGUUAUCCUAUCAAACAAAUUGAUGCGCGACUUCCUCACACUUGCCUCCAGUAAUACGAUGAACAAUAAAGAAACCUGUGGCAUUCUAGCUGGUAAAUUGGAAAGAAAUAAAUUAUUAGUAACACAUCUGCUUAUUCCUGAACAAACCAGUACUCCAGAUUCUUGCACCACGCACAAUGAGGAAGAUAUCUUUGAUUAUCAGGACCAACAUAAUCUGAUUACCCUUGGCUGGAUUCAUACUCACCCUACACAAACUGCAUUUUUGUCGAGUGUGGAUUUACAUACACAUUGUGCUUAUCAACUGCUGAUGGCUGAGGCAAUAGCGAUAGUCUGUGCACCUAAAUAUGAUGAAACGGGAUUCUUUAUCUUGACACUGGAUUAUGGUUUGGAUUUUAUUGCAAAUUGUAGAGAAACUGGGUUCCAUCCUCAUCCUACUGAACCACCGUUAUACAUGAAAGCGAAGCAUUGUAAGUUGGACGCAAUGGCACCCAUCGAGCUUGUGGAUCUGCGAAGGAAAUGAUACAUUUUCAACGCGGAUUAAUCACAAUGUUGCUAUUAGCAAAAAAUAUUUUUUAAUAACAAAAUUCCCAAAUUGCAUUAUUAAUCAUAUUAAGUUCGUAAAAAUGAUAAAUUACGAUAAAAAUCAUACAUAAUACUAUCAACGAAAAUCGA